AUGCGUAUUGGCUCAGUAGUAAAUGCCGUCUAUUUCUCGUCAAACGAGACCCAAAAUAUUUAUUCUCAAAUCAGUUGUACGCAGUGUAGUUGUUUAGCUUUGCGUCUUAAGGCAGUUGGAUGGAACUGUAAUGGACAAUGUCAAAUGAUCAUGAACUAUUCCCAGAAUGAUAUUGGGCUAGUGCAGUCAAGCAAUACAACAUAUUCUUUUCUUAUUAUCCCUCCUCAACGGCCAACAACAACAUCAUUUACUACAACGACAACGUCAUCCACGACAACAACAUCAUCAUCUCCCACUACAACAACAUCAUCAUCCACAACAACAACAACAUCAUCGUCAUCCACUACAACAACAACAACAUCACGCACUACAACAUCAUCGUCCACUUCAACAACAUCAUCAUCAUCCACUACAACAACAACAUCUUCGUCAUCCACUACAACAACUACAACAGUACAAAGUUUACAAUCAGCUCAAAUCUCGCCAGAAUCUUUGACGAUAGGCGAUUGGACGAUGUACUCGUACUCUUAUCUAGCAAUGAGUUCAACAACUGUGACUCUUAAAUUUGCCUUUCUAGCAUCUAGUAAUUACGCAUGGUUUCUCGAUGAUGUCGCAGUACAAGGCUCAGAUGGAAAUAACAAAUUAACCAAUGGUAAUUUUGAGGCGUCAUCAUCAUUAGUUGCAUGGUCAUCAGGUAACACAGGAGUAUGUCUAUUUAGCUACGGAUUAACAACAGGUGAAUAUUACUCGCCGAGCAAAUCUUUUUAUUCUGCGUGCGGUUUAGGAUCACCUUGGAUAUCUCAAUCAUUGACUGUUAUAAGUGGUCAACUUUAUAAUGUUAGUUUUUGGGUUUAUUUGCAACAGAUUUUGCCGAUAGGACUUGGAAGUGAAAAAAUUACUGUAAAUAUGCAAUAG